GCUUGUGACACUGAAAGUAUUUCAGAUUCAAUUCUAGUUUCAUCCUAGAUGACCACAUAUCCACUGUUCUUCAGUGACCACAUGGAAAAGAGCCUAGAACAUAGAGACAUAGAACACAGUGGAGAAAGGAGAGUGAAAUGUCUUUAAUGUCACUUAAUAUAUAUGGGAUUUUGUGAUAAUAUACAAUAAUGAUUAAGACAUAUAAGAUGAUGCAAAAAAAAUUAACAAUUAUAGUGACAAAAAAUAAGGAGCAUAUAAUUAUACGUUGACUUAUACAAAGUACCACAGGAAUACAGCAUUGAGAGCUAUAAGACCACCUCAGGGAGUGGCAAAAGGCUUCAGAGAGAAGGUGUUUUUUAGGGAUGGAACACUGCUUCCAAAAGAACUAAGGUGCAGUGUCAGAAAUGUAUACUUAAUUCAUUAAUUUUUUUUCUCAACUUCAAUAAUAAAUUUACCUAACAAAGGAGUUUAUUUUUGACUUGUAAAUUUCUUAAAAUCAUAAAAAAUUAAAAUUAGCUUUUAAAUACAGGUAGUCACCAUAGCACUAAAUGGGCAGUUUAUAAUACAGCAAAGUCAACAACAAUUUCAAACUACUUACUAAGUUAGUUGCUCAUUUCUUUGAUUUCAUUUAGCAUUGAUCUAACUCAGUGUGGAAGAAGGUUACAUUCGUGCAAGUUAACACAGCUUAAUGAUUAACUAUAUUCACCUGCCAACAUUAUUUUUUCUGUGGCAAAUAUUGGUAUAUAUAGAGUUAAGAAGUCGAGGUUGCUUCUAGAAGAAAACAGUUCCACAUUGCUUGAAACGGAAUAAUCAGGAUAAAAAUGUUCACAAUUAAGCUCCUUCUUUUUAUUGUUCCUCUAGUUAUUUCCUCCAGGAUUGACCAAGACAAUUCAUCAUUUGAUUCUGUAUCUCCAGAGCCAAAUUCAAGAUUUGCUAUGUUAGAUGAUGUAAAAAUUUUAGCCAAUGGCCUCCUUCAGUUGGGACAUGGUCUUAAAGACUUUGUCCAUAAGACUAAGGGCCAAAUUAAUGACAUAUUUCAAAAACUCAACUUAUUUGAUCAGUCUUUUUAUGAUUUAUCAUUACAAACCCGUGAAAUCAAAGAAGAAGAAAAGGAACUGAGAAGAACUACAUAUAAACUACAAGUGAAAAAUGAAGAGGUAAAGAAUAUGUCACUUGAACUCAACUCAAAACUUGAAAGCCUCCUGGAAGAAAAAAUUCUACUUCAACAAAAAGUAAAAUAUUUAGAAGAGCAACUAACUAACUUAAUUCUAAAUCAACCUGAAGCUCCAGAACACCCAGAAGUAACUUCACUUAAACUCAGAAGGACUAGUAUUCGAGAACCCACAGAAAUUUAUCUUUCUUCCAAGCCAAGAGCACCAAGAACUACUCCCUUUCUUCAGCUGAAUGAAGUAAGAAAUGUAAAACAUGAUGGCAUUCCUGCUGAUUGUACCAGCAUUUAUAAUAGAGGUGAACGCACAAGUGGCAUGUAUGCCAUUAGACCCAGCAACUCUCAAGUUUUUCAUGUCUACUGUGAUGUUAUAUCAGGUAUUCCAUGGACAUUAAUUCAACAUCGAACAGAUGGGUCACAAAACUUCAAUGAAACAUGGGAGAACUACAAAUAUGGUUUUGGGAGGCUCGAUGGAGAAUUUUGGUUGGGCCUAGAGAAGAUAUACUCUAUAGCGAAGCAAUCUAAUUAUGUUUUACGAAUUGAGCUGGAAGACUGGAAAGACAACAAACAUUAUAUUGAAUAUUCUUUUUACUUGGGAAAUCAUGAAACCAACUAUAUGCUACAUCUAGUUGAGAUUACUGGCAAUGUCCCCAGUGCAAUCCCAGAAAACAAAGAUUUGGUGUUUUCUACUUGGGAUCACAAAGCAAAGGAACACUUCAACUGUCCAGAGAGUUAUUCAGGAGGCUGGUGGUGGCAUGAUGAGUGUGGAGAAAACCACCUAAAUGGUAAAUAUAACAAACCAAGAACAAAUUCUAAGCCAGAGAAGAGAAGAGGAUUAUCUUGGAAGUCUCAAAAUGGAAGGUUAUACUCUAUAAAAUCAACCAAAAUGUUGAUCCAUCCAACAGAUUCAGAAAGCUUUGAAUGAACCGAGGCAAAUUUAAAAGGCAAUAAAUUAAACAUUAAACUCAUCCCAAGUUAAUGUGGUCUAAUAAUCUGGUAUUAAAUCUUUAAGAGAAGGCAUGAGAAAUAGAUUUUUUUAAAUCUUAAAGUCACUGUCAAUUUAAGACUAAACAUAUAAUCACACAAUCUUAAAGAAUAUCAUUUAUAUUUCUCCAAAAUUCUUACAAUAUAAUUUGUUCUAUAUUUUGUGAUGUGGGAAUCAAUUUUAGAUCGUCACAAUCUAAAUUAUAAUCAAUAGGUGAACUUAUUAAAUAACCUUCAUAAAUAAAACAUUUACAGAGACUUUUAUUUUAAAAGUUAUCAUAUGAGCUAAUAUCACAACUUUCCCAGUUCAAAAAACUAGUUUUCUCAUUAAAAUUCUAAACUUGACUAAACCGAGGACUGAUAAUUGUACAGUUCUUAAAUGCUGUAUUUCAAAACUAAAAAUUGUCAGUCCAGGGUAUGUGUAAAAAUCUGUAACAUAAAUUUUAAAACUGAUGCUUCAUUUUGCUACAAAAUAAUUUGGAGUAAAUGUUUGAUAUGAUUUAUUUAUGAAACCUAAUGAAGCAGGAUUAAAUACUGUAUUAAAAUAGGUUCGCUGUCUUUCAAACAAAAGUUGAUGAUGAUUACUAAUUCACAUUGACUUUAAUAUGAGGUAUCACUAUUCCUUAACAUAUUUGUUAACAUAUAUACUACACACAUUUUAUAUAUUUUAACACUUAAUGCUAUGAAAACAAAUAAUUGUAAAGGAAUCUUGUCAGAUUACAUAAGAAUGAACAUAUUUGUGGCAUCAAGUUAAAGUUUUUAUUUCCCCUAAACAUGCUAUGAUUCUAAUAAUUUUGUGUAGGUUUUCAAGUAUAAAUGUCAUAACAAGUUACUGAAUGUCUAAACAGCCUGACAAGCAUGCAUAUAUGUUUGAAAUUCAAAAAAUACUCAGUUCCUAAAUUA